GAUCUUCGUUGCUUUCCUGUUGACGACUUUUGUUCUUCUACUUCAUGGUCUACAAUACCUACGAAACAUUUGCCGUGAAAACAAAAAGACCUCCUGGCGACGCCCUACCGAAUUGACGGUCUCCGAAUUGGCAGUUACACUUUCGAUUAUCGGCGCUCGGUUGAUGUGGCGUACCGACGAUGCCGCUACUUAAUGCUCUCUGACGAGGAUAGCAACAACUUGAUUCCACUGUUGUCCGACCAGCUAUACACCUGCUCUUUUGCGUUCAUUCAUAGGUCAAGACAUACUUCCAUUGGUACAUAGAUCAAUCACCGAUAGAAAUUUUGCCGAACACUCUACCGCCGCAUUGCUGGACAUAACUCUACUGUAUCGCUCACCCAUAUGACCAGCACACUUGCUCGGCUUUUUGGCAACUUAUUCUGUUCAGCAAACCACCGUGAACAUGACAUCGAGACAGCGGUAGACACGAACAAGCUGACGAGGCUUACAUGACGGAUUUACAUCAUUGUUCAGAUCGAUCCUACAUGCAGCCCUAUAGAUGUCAAUGUUAUGCCUGUCGUCGUCCGCGAUGUCCUCCUCCUCAUCAGCCAAACCAUCGGGGGGCUCGUCCCAACCGAGGCAUUCUGCGAAACUCAAAUCGAAGCAACGCGCCACAAUCUGCAAGGCCUUAUACUCCGUACCAGGCACCUCAGAAUCCGGGUACGCGUGCGUCUCCGGGACGCAGGCAUUCACUGCGCACACCGGGGCAGAAUAUGCCUGUUACUCCAGCCUAUUUUGCUCCUGGCACUGUACGACCUCCUGCUUAUUACUUUCCAGAUGGAUCUUACUGGGUGCCUAGCGCCGUUGCACCAGGCACAUUAUACAACCGCAAUGGCACCGUUGCGACGCCAUUGGUCUUUCCAGCCAUUGUUCCUACAGUGACUCCCACUUCUUCCGCAAGAUCUUCUCGUCCUCUUCCGGCUGUUACACCCAAUUAUACGCGAAUACCACAUGUUUGGCAAGAGGGUAUAGAAUGGCCUCCAGGGUCGGGUAUGCGGGCUAGAGUUGUGCGAGUAUGUGAUCUUUUCGUUGCGUGGCACCCAAAUCCGUCUGCGUUGCGGUGGGAUGUCUCGCGAUUGCCUUCUACUGCAACACGUCGUAAUCACCUCGGCAACGUCUUCAAAUUAGCCGAGGCGGACUUCAAUACCCCUGCAACAACACCUCCAUCCAACAUGGUCCUCAUCACGUGUCGUGUGGGUGUCGUCAACGAGUAUUGGCCUGAAAUUGAAGUACAAGGUUCUCCCGUCACAGUAGAAAAUGUUCUUGACGCUGUCUAUGACUAUUUUGACCGAUUCCUGACGCAAGGUGAAGUCAAUCGAAUACGGGAUGAGGAUCCUGACAACUUUCAUUGGCUCCGAGACGCAAUGAUAAGGCGUUGUCAGAAUUCGGGUCAAUUAUAUCAACAUGUUUGGAGGCAAGGCUUCAAACGAGUGGACUGUUUAGGUGAUAACAGAAUGUUUAACGGACUGGGAGUCGAAUAUCACCCUGGUUGUACCUGGACGUUGGACUUGAAACUAACCAGCUGAUCACCUACUUGUGUAGAUUCUGACUAGCUAGUGGUUUUUGUAAGGAAUGCUAUUCAUUUCACGAUACUGGAACACGACAAUUUACCAUAGAUAUACGAUUUGAAUGUAGUAGGUACGAAAUUAGCAACCCUUACGUAGUACAGUAGUUCACGCAACCAUUACGAGCACACGACAAUAAUAGGCAAAUCCUCAAAUUCACU